CCGCUCCGCUGCCCGCGCCGCCCGCGGCUCCCGAUGGAGACUGACGCGCCCCAACCCGGCCUCGCCUCCCCGGACUCGCCGCACGACCCCUGCAAGAUGUUCAUCGGGGGACUCAGUUGGCAGACUACGCAGGAAGGGCUGCGCGAGUACUUCGGCCAGUUCGGGGAGGUGAAGGAGUGUCUGGUGAUGCGGGACCCCCUGACCAAAAGAUCCAGGGGUUUCGGCUUCGUCACUUUCAUGGACCAGGCGGGGGUGGAUAAAGUGCUGGCGCAAUCGCGGCACGAGCUCGACUCCAAAACAAUUGACCCCAAGGUGGCCUUUCCUCGGCGAGCACAGCCUAAGAUGGUGACUCGAACGAAGAAGAUCUUUGUGGGGGGCCUGUCGGUGAACACCACGGUGGAGGAUGUGAAGCAGUAUUUUGAGCAGUUUGGGAAGGUGGACGAUGCCAUGCUGAUGUUCGACAAAACCACCAACCGGCACCGAGGGUUUGGGUUUGUCACAUUUGAGAGCGAGGACAUCGUGGAGAAAGUGUGUGAAAUCCACUUCCAUGAAAUCAACAACAAAAUGGUGGAAUGUAAGAAAGCGCAGCCAAAGGAGGUGAUGUCACCGACCGGGUCAGCCCGAGGAAGGUCUCGAGUCAUGCCCUACGGAAUGGACGCCUUCAUGUUGGGCAUCGGCAUGCUGGGCUACCCGGGUUUCCAAGCCACGACCUACGCCAGCCGGAGUUAUACAGGCCUCGCCCCUGGCUACACCUACCAGUUCCCCGAAUUCCGUGUAGAGCGGACCCCUCUCCCGAGCGCCCCAGUCCUCCCCGAGCUUACAGCCAUUCCUCUCACUGCUUACGGACCGAUGGCGGCGGCGGCGGCGGCAGCAGCUGUGGUUCGAGGGACAGGCUCUCACCCCUGGACGAUGGCUCCCCCUCCAGGUUCGACUCCCAGCCGCACAGGGGGCUUCCUGGGGACCACCAGCCCUGGCCCCAUGGCCGAGCUCUAUGGGGCGGCCAACCAGGACUCAGGGGUCAGCAGUUACAUCAGCGCCGCCAGUCCCGCCCCCAGCACCGGCUUCGGCCACAGUCUUGGGGGCCCCUUGAUUGCCACAGCCUUCACCAAUGGGUACCACUGAAGCAGGGGACAGUGGCAAGAGCGCCCCGCCUGCAGCUGACUGAGGACCACGAGUGAGCCAGCGAGGGGGCGGGACACCUCAGCCGCAGCCGCCGCCCCCUGCCCCCGCAGCGACUCAGACUGCUACUGCCUGCCCCCCACGACGUCUGGCUCCCCUACUAACCUCCCCCCCUUCCGCCCGUGCCCUGUGCCCCCUGCCCCCUG